GCCGCUGGGUGUGGUGGAAAACAAUAACAGGAAACUUAAGCAACCAGGUGUCAGAUGACCUAUUCUCACCUGCCCUGCCGAUGUCCUGCCAUCUCUCUCUCCGAGUGUUCAGUGAGUCUAUCUGUGGGUGUCGGAAUGGGCAGCGGAGCAUCCGUCAGCGAAGAACUGCGGCCGGAGAGGCUGGAGGUCGAGGACGCUCAACCUGGAGCCAGCCGAGCCUCCACACCUGCGGAAUGGAGCCAGGACGCCCUGCAGGCAGAUGUGAAGACAACCAAACCUGACAAUCACACUGUGGACAUUCUGUCUGUGAAGAGUGAGGAGAGCAACGUAAAUCAACAACAAACUCUGCAACUAAACCUGAUUCCAGCCAUGAAUGAAACUGUGUCAGAGGGUGAGGAAGUGUCUCUGGAUUUUGAGAGUUUCCUCCACAACAACGGGACACUCUACAGCUGCUUCAGCCACCAUGGGAACAGAGUUUAUGUUGAUGAGUCCCAGAACCUACAACUUUUUCCAAAAGAGUGGUACAAUCAGGGACGCUUCAUCACCACCAACAAUGAGGGCUCUAGUCAGCUUCAAACUUUGGCCAUCAGCCAGUCAGCAGUCAGGGAGGAUGACCGAACUGGCAGCAUCUACAUCCAAGGCAAAGGAACAGUCAUGACCUACAUGUUUGAGGAAAGGGUGAAUACCUGCAGGUUCUGGGACCCUCAGUCAGGCGUCUGGCUGCUACUGCCACUGCAGUGGGAGAUGGAUGUCGAGUUUGUCAAAGUUCGAGUUCAGCGAGUCAUGUUCGCCCUGCCAGGCCUGGUGGACCAGAAGGAGAUCACAGCAGCUCUCAGACAGUGCAACUACGACCCUGAAGAAGUCAUCUCUGUGUACCUCACCAUGUUUGGAGAAAUCCUCCUGCAAGCCUCUCCAAGUGGAGAUCAAAGCUACACUGACCUCAACUCCUUCAGAGCCCUUCUGGAUAGGGACCGUGUCAUCGAAGAUAUGAGGCACAAGCUCCAGACUAAAGAGAAGGAGGUGGAAAAUCUCUUCCAGAGGAACAGUUACCUGACAGGGGAGGUCCGUUACCUGACUGACGUUGUCCAGCACUUGAACCAGAAGCUGGCUGAGCUGGAGGCUGAUCAGCAAGAGGCACGAGAGAAAAUCCGAACCCUCCUGAAUCGCCGAACUCCGGCUGUCCCACCAGACAAAACCAUCCCUAAGCCUGCUGUGGACCCCAGCCAACUCUGCAAGGUGAGCCGGCUGACUCGAGAACUCAACAUCUCAAACAAGCAGCUUCGAUCAACUGCUCACCAAGCUCUGGCUGACAUUAAGAAUCAACUGGGGCAGUUUUAUGACACAGUUGGGAAGCUGGCCCAAGUAGAACAGGAGGCAACAAAGGAGACGGAGGAACUGCGAUGCCUUUACAGGAAGGAGGUGGUGGAGAGGAAGAGCCUAUACAACAAGCUAUUGGAGCUGCAGGGAAACAUUCGGGUGUUCUGCCGCUGCAGGAAGAGCUUGGCCUCCAGCUGUCUGGAGAAAACUGAUGACCAGGAAGUGGUAGUCAUCCAGAAAGGAAACAGAAAGAAGUUCCAGUUUGACAAAGUGUACUCUCCCAGCAGUACACAGGAGGAUGUGUUUACUGGAACUCUACCAGUUAUAACGUCCUGUGUGGAUGGCUAUAAUGUCUGUAUACUGGCCUAUGGACAAACUGGCUCAGGCAAGACAUACACCAUGAUGGGCAGCAAGGAAAACCCUGGAGUCAACAUCAGGUCGAUACGAGAGCUGCUACACAUUUGUGCAGGAAAAGAGAAGGUGUCCUACACUCUGAAGAUUUCCAUGCUAGAGAUUUAUAACGACACUUUGAAUGACCUGUUGACCAAAAGUCCCAGUGCUUCGCUGGAUAUCAGAGUCCAGGGGAAAGCAGUGUCUGUCCCAGGACUGACUCAAGUCCAAGUCCAGACUGAGACUGACAUUCUCAGUGUCAUGGAGAUGGGAGAAAAGAACAGAAAGAUUGCCUCCACCAAAAUGAAUAUACAGAGCUCUCGCUCUCACCUGAUGGUGGCACUGGAGGUAGAGGGCUCAGAUGAGGUGUCUGGACUGACGUCUCGAGGUACAUUGACAUUAUGUGACCUCGCUGGAUCUGAACGGAUCUCCAAGACAGAAGCUGAAGGUCAGAGGCUGGUGGAGGCGGCUGCCAUAAAUAAAUCCUUGACAGCACUGGGACAGGUGUUUGGAGCUCUGAAAUGUAAUGCUCUCCACAUCCCAUUCAGGAACUCUAAACUCACCCACCUCCUGCAGCCCUGCCUCAGCGGAGACGCCAAGUGCUGUGUGUUUGUGAACGUGAGUCCUGACGUCAAGGAUGUGGUGGAAACUCUAAGCACGCUACAGUUUGGUACCACCAUUCGGCAGGUUUCGCUUGGCAAAACGACACAAAACAUUGUACCUGCUAAAACCAAUAAGACUGUCAAGUAG